AUUUGCCAUAUUCCCCAAUCCCAUUCCAUACACAACAAAAGCAACAACGUGGGAAGUAUUCAUUUGUAAGAACAAUAAUACAGGAGAGAGAGAGAGAGAGAGAAAUUAUUGAGAGAGAGUGUCUGGAGAGAGAGUGUAACGGCCGAGAGCGGGGGGAAAGCGUCGGUGGAAGAACCGGAUGAAAUUGAUAGGGAACCGUACGGACUUAGAUCCGGAAGAGUGCGGUGGAGACGCCGCCGCAGACGGCGGAGGAGCGGUGGUGCUGGUCGCCGUGAGGUUGGAUUCUCAGAGCAGAGAGUUACUCACUUGGGCUCUCGUUAAGGUCGCUCGCUCCGGCGAUCGAGUUGUCGCUCUUCACGUCCUCAAUCCCGACACUGAAGGCAAGUCAACUCUUCUUUCUCUUGUCCGGACGUUCGAUUCUGUGCUCGCUGCUUACGAAGGUUUCUGCAAUCUCAAACAGGUUGAUCUUAAGCUUAAGGUUUGUAGAGGUUCAUCAGUCAGUAAAAUUCUGGUCCAAGAAGCGAAAUCUUACGGCACAGCAAGUGUAAUAGUGGGACCAUCAAAAGCACAUCACACAAUUCGAUCAUCAGUGUCGGUUGCAAAAUACUGCGCAAAAAAGCUCCCCAAAAAAUUUUCAGUUCUUGCAGUCGAUAAUGGCAAAAUCCUGUUUCAGAGAGAAGCAAGUGAUUCAUCACAAGAUAAUGAUCAGAAAAAAAAUUAUGCUCGGUCAAUUCAUCGAUCAUUGAGCAAGAGACCAAAAGUACAAAAUAAUGCAACGGCUGAUGCGGCAGCAUCAAAAUCAAGUAAAGGACAUCUUUCUUCGCAGAAAAUCAAUUCAGCUGCAGAGAACUCAUCAAGUGGUGGCAAUGAGGAAAAUUCGUUAGCUUUGGUACCAGUUAUGAACCAACUAUCACCCAAGUCAAAACAUGGUUGGACUCUGCUCCGCCGGUGGUUUUUGCACAACCAGGAACAAACUGAUAAAUCGUCUUUGAAGAAGAAAUCUGUAAUGCAACGGGUACUUAAAGUACCUAGCCGGCAAUCUUUGGCUGCCGUCUAUCCUGAUCAUAAAAGGAGUAACUCUGACAGAAACGAAGAUCAUUCUCUGAAUUUGGAUGGAGAGAGUGGUGCAAUUGUUCUGUUUGGGACUGAUAUUGCCUCAUCACCUUCUUCCCCUGGCUACAGUCCAAAAAUCCUUCGUAAAGAAUUGGAGGGACUCGCCGAGAAGUACUCAUCAGUAUGCAGGCUGUUUAGCUACCAGGAACUUUUGUUGGCGACAUCUAACUUCAAGACUGAAAAUUUGGUUGGAAAAGGUGGUAGCAGCCUGGUUUACAGAGGAUGUCUUCCAGAUGGCAAGGAACUGGCGGUGAAGGUCCUGAAACCAUCUGAAGAUGUGUUUAGGCAGUUUGUUUUGGAAGUUGAGAUUAUUACGACUUUACAUCACAAGAACACAAUACACCUAAUUGGAUUCUGUUUUGAGGACAAAAGCCUACUCUUGGUUUAUGAUUUUCUAUCAAGAGGAAGCCUAGAAGAGAAUCUUCAUGGUAAUAGGAAGAAUGAAAUUGCAUUUGGUUGGGAGGAUAGGUAUAAGGUGGCUUUGGGUGUUGCUGAAGCACUGGACUAUCUACAUAACGGGUUACAUAACGGGGCUGCUGAACCUGUCAUUCACAGGGACGUGAAAUCUUCAAAUAUCCUUCUCUCAGAUGAUUUUGAGCCACAGCUGUCAGAUUUCGGACUAGCUAUGCGGGCUUCGGAUUCCACACACCAUAUGGCAUGUACUGAUGUUGCAGGAACGUUUGGUUACUUGGCUCCAGAAUAUUUCAUGCAUGGCAAAGUGAACGAUAGAAUUGAUGUCUAUGCAUUUGGUGUUGUGCUCCUUGAGCUUUUGUCUGGUAGAAAGCCAAUUGACAAUGGAAACCCAAAGGGCCAGGAAAGCCUGGUUAUGUGGGCAAAAUCAAUCGUGAAGGAUGGCAAGGUUUCCCAAUUGCUGGAUCCAAGCUUGGGUGGAAACUAUGACCAUGAUCAAAGUGAGAGAAUGGUUUUAGCUGCUGCCCUUUGCAUCAGACGUGCACCCCUAUUUCGGCCACAGAUCAGCCUUGUUUUGAAGCUCCUACAAGGUGACACAGACGUAAUCACAUGGGCAAGACAGCAAUUCAGCUCUUCAGAAGAGCUUGAUGCUGUUCAUGGAGAAGAAUUCCCAACAAACAUGCAAUCCCAUCUUAAUCUCGCGUUGCUAGAUUUGGAGGAAGAUUCUCUCUCUACUGACAGUGCUGACCAAAGUGUCUCGGUUGAAGAUUAUUUACAAGGGAGAUGGAGCCGCUCGCCUAGCUUGGAAUAAUUCAAAUGAUAUUGAGCGUGUGAUUUUUCUGUAUAUUCACUUGGCAUUGUUUUGUUUUUGUUUUUGUUUUUGUUUUUGUUUUUACUUUUUGAGUUGGUUUGCAUGAUGCUGGUGGCUCUUGGAUGAGAGGUUGGUUGCAAGGUCUGACCUCCGCCUUGCCUGAAGUAGUCAUGCUGUGGCCUAG